CGUUGCCGAGCAGCUGUGCAGCCUCGGUAUCGCUCACAAUCACAAGACGGGAGUCACCGGCGACGAACGCACCAGUUUCUAACCCGACGUUGGAGGGGGAAAAACCGUUCAGACCGUCCGGCGAAACGUCGUGUCAGCGAAACGAUAUGGCGGACCGAGUAGCUCUCCUGCUGCUGGCUGUGGCUGCUUCGGCUCUGGCCGCCGAGGUGCCGACAGAUGUCUCUCUGGGCCUGUUGGCAGAGCCCCAGGUGGCCAUGUUCUGCGGCAAACUCAACAUGUACAUCGACGUGCAGAGCGGCAAGUGGGAGCCGGACCCGUCGGGCACCAAGAGCUGCAUCGGCACCAAGGAGGGCAUCCUGCAGUACUGCCAGGAGGUGUACCCAGAGCUCCAGAUUACCAAUGUGGUUGAGGCCAACCAGCCAAUCAGCAUCCAGAACUGGUGCAAGAAGGGACGCAAGCAGUGUCGCAGUCACAUCCACAUCGUGGUGCCCUACCGCUGCCUGGUGGGAGAGUUUGUGAGCGACGCGCUCCUCGUUCCCGACAAGUGCAAGUUCCUGCACCAGGAGCGCAUGGACCAGUGUGAGAGCCACCUGCACUGGCACACCGUCGCCAAGGAGUCCUGCGGUGACCGCACCAUGAAUCUCCACGACUACGGAAUGCUGUUGCCGUGCGGCAUUGACCGUUUCCGGGGAGUGGAGUUUGUGUGCUGUCCCGCUGAGGCGGAGCGCAACACCGACAGCGCCGAGCAGGACGCCGAUGAUUCCGAUGUCUGGUGGGGUGGAGCCGAGACUGAUUACUCUGACAACAGUAUGGUGCGGGAGCCGGAGCCAGCGGAGCAGCAAGAGGACGCCAGACCAUCUGUGGUAGAGGAGGAUGAGGUGGUGGUCACUGAGGAAAAUGAUGAUGAUGAUGAUGAGGAGGAGGAAGAGGACGUGAUGGACAACGACCAGGAUGGAGACGGAGAUGAAGAUGAAGAGGUGGUGGAGGAAGAGGAGGAUGGAUAUGACGACGACGACGAUAUCGUCGACACGCUCGACGACGAGCCCACCACCAAUGUUGCCAUGACAACCACCACCACCACCACAACCACCACCACCGAGUCCGUGGAAGAGGUUGUCAGGGAUGUGUGCUGGGCCAAUGCCGAGACCGGGCCAUGCCGGGCCAUGCUGUCCCGCUGGUACUUUGACUACCAGGAGGGCCGCUGUGCUCAGUUUAUCUACGGCGGCUGCGGAGGCAACCGGAAUAACUUUGACUCGGAGGAGUACUGCCUGUCUGUCUGCAGCAGCGUCAUACCCACAGCCACGCCCAGCUCCCCCGACGCCGUGGACUACUACCUGGAGACGCCUGCUGAUGAAAAUGAACACGCCCACUUCCAGAAGGCCAAAGAGAGCCUGGAGGCCAAGCACCGCGAGAGGAUGUCCCAGGUGAUGAGGGAGUGGGAGGAGGCCGAGAGGGAAGCGAAGAAUCUUCCCCGCGCCGACAAGAAGGCCGUCAUCCAGCGUUUCCAGGAGAAGGUGGAGGCGCUGGAGCAGGAGGCGGCCAGCGAGCGGCAGCAGCUGGUGGAGACCCACAUGGCCCGGGUGGAGGCGCUGCUGAACGACCACCGCCGCCUGGCUCUGGAGAGCUACCUGACGGCGCUGCAGCAGGACCCACCCAGGCCUCGCCACGUCUUCAGCCUGCUGAAGAAGUAUGUGCGCGCGGAGCAGAAGGACCGGCAGCACACCCUCAAACACUUUGAACACGUCCGCAUGGUGGAUCCCAAGAAGGCCGCGCAGAUCAGACCUCAGGUGCUGACCCACCUGCGUGUCAUCGAGGAGCGGAUGAACCAGUCUCUGGGACUUCUCUACAAGGUGCCCGGUGUGGCCGACGACAUCCAGGACCAAGUCGAGCUUCUGCAGAGGGAGCAGAUGGAGAUGGCCCAGCAGCUGGCCAACCUGCAGACGGACGUGAGGGUGAGCUACGGCAACGACGCCCUGAUGCCCGACCAGGAGCUGGGAGACGGCCAGAACGACCUGCUGCCCCAGGAGGACACACUCGGCCUGGGAGGACUCGGCUUCAUCCACCCCGAGAGCUUCAACCAGCCCAACACCGAGAACCAGGUUGAGCCAGUGGACUCUCGCCCCAGUUUUGACAGAGGCAUUCCCACACGGACAGUGACUGGAAUGAAGAUGGAAUCCGUUCCUGAGCUGCGGAUGGAGACGGAGGACAGGCAGAGCGCCGAAUACGAGGUUCACCACCAGAAACUGGUCUUCUUCGCGGAGGAUGUGAGCUCCAACAAGGGCGCCAUCAUCGGCCUGAUGGUCGGAGGCGUCGUCAUAGCAACCGUGAUCGUCAUCACCUUGGUGAUGCUGAGGAAGAAGCAGUACACCUCCAUCCACCACGGAGUCAUCGAGGUGGGCAACAGCUUGUCUGUGUCGUCAGUCAAUCUGGUGGACGCUGCCGUCACACCCGAGGAGCGCCACCUGUCUAAGAUGCAGCAGAACGGUUACGAGAACCCGACCUACAAGUUCUUCGAGCAGAUGCAGAACUGAGGAGAAUGUCACAUGCACACAUAAAACACACACACACACCACACAGACAUCUCAUCACACACCUCUCCUCCCUUUCCUUCCCAACCCCCUCUCCCCCCGAAUAGCCCCCCCCGUCUCUACAAGGCAGUGUGGCCGAGAUGAUGGAGUGGCUGAAAUAGUCAGUCACGACCGUACCGGAGAGACUGUAGUCAGGGUUUUCCUUCAUUUCUGCCCGGGCGGACACGGUGGCCGCGCCGGUUUGCACCAUGUCUGUUCUCUUUAUCAGAGCGAGACGCCUUUUUAAUUAAAAAGAAAGAAAGCCCCGCCCCCAGCGCACUGGAACAAACCCUCUCUUCGAGGGGAAAGAAGCGCUUUCUCUCCACGCUGAUUCAGGGCCAGUGUAUAGUCUGGGUUUUUUUGGCGUGGGGUGGCUUUAGGUGUGGACUUGUGUCUGCAAAUCUGACCACUGAUCAGUGGGAUUUUAGGCGCACGCUGACCCUGGGUCUCGUUUAGUAAAAUUGGCUUGCAGAAUUGGCAUUUUACAUCAUUAUUGAAAAGGUUGACGUAUCAUUUAUUUCUAUCAUAUUCAUUGUGAUGAAUAUAUAAUGAAAGUAGGCUUAAAUCAGGCACCAUUAUUUUUCUAAAUGAGGUCCAGUGUUUCCCCACUAACUGCACCACCACUGCACUCACUCUACAGUCUACACUGAAGUUACCCCUCCUCCUCCUCCUCCCCUCCAUCCUCUUUUCUUUCAUUAUUCUUACGAUAGCUGGGCUGUGUUAAGUCAGACAUGGCUCUUAAGGAUAUUUGGAGAUGCUGAUGAUCAUGAAUAUGUUGAUGAUGACGGUAAUAAUUAUGUAUUCUGAAUGAGCUGUUAGUUUUUUUUUUCUCAUUAUUUUAGAGUUUUUUUCUCUUCGUUUCCAGUUUUGUUUUUUCAAAAAAGAAUGAAAACGGAGGAGAGAAGAAAAAAAAUCAACCGAUGUAAAGUACUUUUUUUAAAUUGCGUGUAAUGUUACUAAAGUAAUGCUGAAGUCUUAGCUGUUCCUAUGUAGUGCAUGACAUCAAUGACAACAGGAUUUGGAAAGAAAAAAAUACAAACGAAACCCAAGAUCUUAACGCUGCUCUCUCUUGAGAUCCUUUCUCACGUAUAGAUUGUCAUUCUAGCAAGAUUGUACAUUUAGUAUCUUCUCGUGAUCACGUGACUUCAAACCACGAAAAAUAUAUAUAAAUCUAGAUGAACGGCUCUGCUUUGAUAUCAUGUAAAAUACACAUUUAAAAGAGAUCUGUGAUUUUGGAAUUUAAGUGUGGUCCUCAUGUCUUUUCUUUCUUAUUUUCUUUUCUUUUUAAACCAUGCUACGUUCCUGAAGCUACAGGAGGGGGGCUGGCUUCAUCUCUGUUUGUAUAUUAUUCUCAUUCUUCAAAAUAUAUUGUGUUAAAAAUCCUCACGCAUAAAGGAGCUCUCAGAAAUCCCCCCAUUAUAUAUAUAUAUAAUUUUUAUUUUGUUGUGCUUUUUUUGUUGAUUUCAUGUCACUUUGCUUCUGGAAAAGGGCAUGCAUGGGCGUGAAGGUUACAGGGAGCGGGAAAGGAGACCGGGAAAAAAAUGGGAGGCAUGGGGGAUGGGUGGGGAUUAUCUCUGCGUGUAUGUUUUGUCACUCAGUCUGGUGUUUUGUCCAGUUGUAAGCUGACGCAGUCUAUUUUUGUUGGUUUGGUAAUCAUUUUGCUGGUAGAACAAGUGGAGUACUGGGAGGAGGAAGUGAGGAAAGGUAGAGAGGAAAUGACUUGCAGUUCCGGAUGGAUAGCCAGCCAGCCUGUGUAUAUAAUGGAUUUUCACUCCUCAGCACCUACUUUCCCCUCCCUCCUUUGCUUUCCUUUCCCUCCAGGCAUGCUGCUCACCUCUCUGCCAUCGACGCACAGUUGACACCGUCCCCCGUGCAUAGAUGGCUGUAGGCGUUCACCAUUGAGAAAGACCUGCAAGCGAGUAAAGGGGCAGGGAUGACAUAUUAGUCUUCAGUCAGUUCGCUCAUGUUAAAGGUUCCUCGCCAUCUCAACAUUACAUCAAAAGAAGUGCCGUCUCCUCUCACUCUGCUCAUGCAGCUAAUGGCGAGUAAGAUCUGUGAGGAAAUGGGUGUUCAUUUGGAGGCUGCGGUGGGGUUGGUCCUUGGUUUCCAGUGUGCUCCUUAGAAGCCCGGCCGAGGGCAGUAGAGUAGAAGAGGAAGCAGGAUUUUCUUUCUAUUUGUUUUCCCCGUGGGUUAUAUAUUGGUUUUGUUUUCCACUGUGUAAUAUUGUGCAGGCCAUUUGCAUUGACUGGGAAAACGCUUUCUACACUGUAUUCCAUAAUAAAGUUUUGAAUGUA